AUGGACUAUUACGAAGAGAAGGAGAAAGAUUGGAGGACCGAGCGUGAAAUGAGGUUGCUAGCUAUGAAUGAAGAGAUCAUGAGGAUCAAAGAAUCUCAUGGAGAGAGGGACCAUGAUGGUUUAGGGUACAAUGACUUAUGUGUUCACCCUGGAGUAGAUCUACCAAAAUGGUACAAAGUCCCCAAGUUUGAAGUGCUUGAUAGUGCUGGGAAUCCAAUGUCCUAUUUGAGGAGGUACUGUGAGCAACUGGUAGGGAUUGGGAAAAAUGAGGUGUUAUUGAUACGCCUAUUCAUCCGAAGUUUAAGUGGUGAAGCUUUAGAGUGGUUCAUGUCUCAGCAGCCAAAAAAAUGGACUGGUUGGAAAGCAUUGGCCAAGGGUUUCCUCGACAGAUUCGCAUUUAACAUUGAAAUUGUCCCGGACCGGAAGGAAGCUGCCAAAGUGCAACCCCCCAUGUCCGAGGAAGAAAUGGUAUCUGUGUUCUCUCGUGCUCAAGAAGGAGAAUAUUGUACCAGGAUGGUGUCUGCUGUCAAGGAAACUUUUGCAGAUUUGGUAAAAAUCAGGGAAUCACUGGAAGAAGGUAUUCGUACUGGAAAAAUUAUCACGACCCCAACAUCAUCCGAAACUGCUAUGUUCUCAAAGAAGAAAAAGAAGGAUGUAGGCAUGAUUUCUGCUGAUUCUAUUGCAAAAAUAAAAAAGACGUUCAACACUAGGAACAUUUUCUCUUCUCCGCCAUUAUAA